AUGGAUAUACCUAGGAAUGGCACAGCUCACAUAAAAUUGCAAGAUCCCUUGGUGCUGGUCGUAGCUCGUUGGGUAUUGGCUAGUGUUAGUAUUAUUGCGAACUCCCUCGUCAUAUUUGUGUUCGUCUACAACAAGACUUACAAGAAGUCUUUGUCGCUCAAAUUACUUCUCCAUCAAGCAGUGAUUGAUUUGACCGGCUCUUUAAUGUUUUUGGUCUUCUAUAACAUUGAUGUUCCUGAUGGCACGGGUGGAACUAUAUUCUGUAAAAUGGGAUCUCUGUUGGCGUACAUAUCGUUAGCGUCAGCAUACAAUUUUGUUACGAUUACAGUUGAACGAUAUAUUGCUGUUGUCCAUCCAAUAAUAUAUCGCCAGAGAUCUUUGGGUGGGAAAAUGAAAUACCUGUCAUUCAGCAUCCCUUAUGUUUGCAGUGCAGUUUUAACGGUAGUUCACACUAUAUCUAUAGAUGUGGAUGCGAAUAUAGCAGCGUGUAUAGUUAAGGAAUUCAAUGCUGUUGCUGAAGUACUAUUAAUUAUUGCUGACUGGCUGAUACCAAUUUCUAUUAUGCUGUACUGUUACGUGCGAAUGCUUUUGAAAUUACACAAAACACGAGUAGUGAGUCAACAACCUUCGUCUGAAGUUCCAACCAGUAACGGCAGAAGAUAC